AUGCCAAUACUAUGGAGGAAUCCAUGGAAUCCUAGCACGAAUAAAUUCAAGAACAAUUAUAAUAAAAAGCUUUCCAUCAGCAAGACGAUUUUAUCAUGUCUAUUGUAUCAUUAUCAACAAGAGAACGAUUUGAUGGACAUUUACGAGUCAACGACCUCCAUGGAUGGUCCAACCUUCAAACCACCUUUAUUUGAUUACAUAAGUUACUGUAAAUAUGUCAAUUAUCAAGACAUUGAGAGGAUAACUCGAACGUUAUUGGAGAGGAAACAUGAGUUAAAAAUUUUUAUUAAAAACAAACAUAAAAAGGUUACUUUGCUCGAGUACAUUUGGAAAUUAUUCAUGAUCAAAUGUAAUAAUUUGGAGUACCUCAGGUGUCCAAAUAAUUUCAAUAUAAGUUGUUUACCGGGAUCUCAAAGUUCUUUAGAAUCUUUGAGGGAAUUGGAAUGUGAGCUCAAAAAGGAUUCAAGUCAUUUGAAAUUAACCGUAAAUUUUACCGGGUUGGCUAAAAUUUGUCACAACUUGAAAAGUAUCACCAUCAAACCUUUGGAUAAGGAUAACAGGGGUUUGGCCGCCUUGAUUAGGUCGCAGAAUGGUUUGAGGGAAUUAAAUUUAUUCACGAAUCAACCUAUGGUGAAGGAUUUGAGAUUUAUCGAUCAAGCGUUAUUAAUUCAAUCCCGUUACAUUGAAACCUUAACGAUUAAAGGAAAUUUUUAUCUUGAAAAUUCUUUCCUUUCCUCUUUAUAUAAUUUAAAACGUUUGCAAAUUAAAUUCGCCACAAUCAAUAACAUAAAUUAUUUCUUGGACACUGCCAUUUUACCAAAUCUUGAAUCCUUAUCUAUUCAAUUAAAUUAUUAUACCUUUGAUUUUUCUUUAGAUCAUUACACUAGAUUAAUUUCAAGGACAAAGGGUCACCUUCGGAAAUUCGAAAUAAUUAAUGCCACGAGACCCCCGACAAGGAUACUUGGGUUACAACCUUACCUACAAUCAUUAAUUACUCACUGCCCUCAAAUUAAUAGUGUUAGAAUCUGGUACAUUAAUGAUUUUUUGGAUGAUUUUAAACAUUUAUUAACUAAUGCCGAACAUUUAAAUUCCAUCGAACUGGAUUGUUUGGAAAUGCAUUUUAGUAAUUAUUAUGCGAUAUAUGAUGAUGAUGAUGAAUCGGAAAGGGAGAGGGAACUUCACGCAAAACUAUUAUUGGAUGCCCUGGCACGUUUAUCCUCGUAUAAUCUAAAUCAUUUGUAUUUGCAUAAUCUUUGGUGGUUAUUACCUCGAGAGUUAGAUUUUUUUUUGGAAUCUUGGAAAAAGAAAAUGAUUCGAUUGACUUUAAAGCUUAAAGCUGAUGGAAAGAUAUAUUUGAAUCCUUAUUUAGACGUAAUUGAAAAGCAUGUUAAGGAAGGCACAUUAACUGACGACUCGGGCUUGUGGGUUAAAGAAUUUCCAUAUUAG